CUGAUGAUUCUAUCAAUUUGAGGUCUGAGUGUUUAGGCAUGAGCUGAAAUUGUAGUUUAACAUUGCAUCAUAAAGCCAGCAUGACUCCAAUAUAAAAAGAAAAUUAACAAAUUUCAUUAUCAAUCGUUCCUGCCUUUACGUUUUGUAAGAUUACCCACAGUUCAUCCAAAAACGUCGAAUUUUACACCCCGCCUAUGCCUCUCUCUCACCCAUAUACCAUCAUACUCUUCAACUCCCUACAAAACACACCAUCGUACCAACCACUUCAAUAAUUUCCCAUCUCAAGGCUCCCCCCCAAUCAUGUCCGACGAUGAAGCCGACCCCGAGCUCCUAGAGCUUCUCCGCCAACACUUCCGCAAACCCACCAGCCCAGAAAUCCCCGAAACCCGCGUCCUCGAAAGCGCAGAAUACGUCUACAACAACUCGAUUGACGUAGCCCUAGACAUGACCUCCACAAAAGCAGCCGCGGCAUCCAUCUAUUCCCAAAUGCAGACGAAAUCCUAUUCCACUAAAACAUGGUCAUCACAUGACUUACACCCUCAAGCCAAAGACGAGUCGACGGUGAACUUUAUCUUCACCAUGGAUUUACUCAAUUUCUCAUUCUGGAGUAUCCAGAAUGAAGAUGAACGGUUUGCGAUUGAGUAUAAGGGGAAAAAAUGGACGGGAUACUGGAGUUUAGUUGCGGCGCUGCAGAGAGGUUUGGAAGAGGGAUAUCCAAUCACUAGCUCGGAUUAUUGGCAAAAUGAAGAGGAGCUCACUGAGGAUGUAUUCGCGCAUAUAUUUCGUUCAUGUACCGCGGAGCCCAUGCCACUUCUUACUACACGUCUUAUGCUACUUCGGGAAGCUGGGAAAAUCCUCUAUGAGAAAUACGACUGCGCUUUCACCAAUUGCAUAAAGGAAUCUAAUCACUCAGCAGCUGCACUGGUAAAUCUCCUCGCAGCAUCAUUUCCUUGUUUCAAUGAUGUCGCUUCGUUUGAGAAUCGCAAGGAAGUACGAUUACUCAAACGUGCACAAAUAUGCGUAGCGGAUCUCUGGGCAGCUUUUGAGGGAGAAAGUUGGGGAGAGUUCCACGACAUCGAUAAACUUACCAUGUUUGCCGAUUAUCGCAUUCCGCAACUACUGAACACAUUGGGAUGUCUAUGGUAUGCACCUGCUUUGGAGAGUAAAAUUAAAAGAGGCGAAGUCAUUGAGAGUGGUCAUAGUUGGGAGGUGCAGCUGAGAGGUAAGAUUUCUCGUUUUUACCCCUUGAAUCCCCAUUCCAUCGUUUUUGGGAUGUGCAGAAAAUCUAUUUUCACAAAACCUUAAAUAGUGAUCUAAUAUGAUGGAUAAUAAAUAGGUUGUAGUAUAUGGUGUGUAGAAUUGAUUCGGAGGGAGAUAUUGAAAAAUCAUCCCGAGGCAGAAGUAAAUGCUAUUUUGAUCGAUUUUUUCCUGUAUGACACGAUGAAGGAACGGGAAUUGGAAGGAAAGGACGAGAUACCCCAUCAUAGAACGAGAAGUAUAUGGUAUUGACCAAUGUAAAUUAGGUAGAGUAGUAUGUGGCAUGAACGCAAGGGACGUAUGCAAAACAACAAUAUAGAUACCAAUAUGUAUAUGUCGCAAGAAUUUGAGUC